CUGGGAGCUUUCACCUCUUUUGUUGAACUAGCUGUUAAUCAAUUGCUAAUUUCCUCUUCUACCUGAUUGUUUGGAGGAUCGACCAGCGCUCAGCUCGCCCGCGAACCUCAGCCAACCAUCGCUAAGCACCCUAGCGCCUCAGCGUCGGCCGGCGCUUCGACGACAUCAAGGAAAAUUCGGCAUGGUGAUGGCGAGAGUCGUGGGAUUGCAAUUGUGGCCAUUAUGGUUUUGAACUAUCGCUCUUUUUUUGUCUGCUCGUUUGCAAGUUCUGGUCGGAUACUGCCUGGCCAAACUUCACGCCCUUUAGCACUGUUCUGCUCAACGCUUAUCCCAACACGUGGACUUCAUCAGAGGCUUACUCCUCUCUCAAAAGAACUUGAACCUAUGUCGGGACUCGACUCAUUGUUUGCCUACACUUCCGGUCGAUGGCUACACCUUGACAAGCCGCAGCGUGAUGCGCGGUACAUCCAUUUUAAUUUCGAUCGCCUGUGUGAGAAAGUACUUUCCCUAUGCCCUUCCGCCACUUUCAUUGAAAGCUGUGAGAAGCUAGAGGGAGGGUUUAGUAAAGCAUUCGUUAUGAAAACCAACAACGGGAGACGUGUCGUUGCGAAGUUUCCCAUGUCCGUUGCUGGGCCAGCGACAUAUGUGACUAACUCGGAAGUUGCAACGAUUACUUACUUGCAGCGCCACACCAAAAUACCAAUUCCAGCUCUUCUGGACUGGAGCGAUGACCCGACUAACCCAAUUGGCUCCGCAUACAUUAUUAUGGAACAUGCGGGCGGCGUUGCAUUGCAGGAAGUAUGGGAUGGGCUGCCGUUGGACAAGAAAGUAAAGACGAUCGGUGCAAUCUGUACAAGAAUUGCACCGAUAUCCAAACUUGAUUUUCCUGCCUAUGGCAGCCUUUAUUUCGCGGACGCGGCAUUUCUCGACGUUGAUUCGAAGCAGAAGCUUGAGAAUGAUUCUACAUUUUGUGUUGGCCCACACUGCAGAAGUACAUUUUGGGAUUGCAAUGUUGGGGAACCAAGAUAUUAUACAUACAAAGAACCAAACAGAGGGCCAUGGCGUGAUUUUUCCUCAUACACUUCUGCUCUGAUCGAUGUUGGCUUUGCAAGACUGCCUCCACCAGACCGUCCCCUUCUUCUUCAGCAGCGCGCAUCAUACCAAGGUUCUGUGGACAAACACUUGGAUCUGCUGAAAAUUGGGCAAGCUGUUUUCCCCAAUCUUAUAAAACACCCAGCGAUUCAGUCCAACUCCACACCCACUCUCUUCCACCCAGACCUACACAAGAGGAACAUUUUUGUCUCCAAGGACGACCCCACAACCAUCACUGGCUUCAUAGACUGGCAGUCCACCAGUGUCGAACCGGUAUUCGAGUACGCUCAGGACGUCCCCGACUUCGCAAGCAUCCCCCCAGGGGGAACAUCAGAAAACGCCGAAACAAGUCUCUGCUACCAAGCAUAUGAGCUAGGGUGGGCUAUGUUAACUCCGCGACUAGGUGCAACCAGGAAGAUUGACCAAAGACUUCUCCGGCCGUUGAUCUAUUGCCACCGGACGUGGAGGGAUGGCUUUGUGCCAUUUACAACCGAGUUAAUGCGGUUAAGGGAGGGGUGGGGGGAGCUUGGGUUCAAAACGCCCUGCCCAAUCCCCGCCCUAACUGCUGAGGAACACGUAUUUUACAAAGAACAGCUGGAAAUUUACGAGAAGAUGCUGGAAUUCCGGCAAGAUAUGAUCGAGACACUGGGGGUGGAGAGUGACGGCUGGGUUUGUGUGGAUCGCUGGGAAGACGUCAAGCGGGCUCAUGCUUAUUUCUUUGAUACACUUAUGGCCAAUAUGGAGGAUGACAAGGACCGUGAGGAUUUAAGGGGGAUGUGGCCAUUUGAUGCAUGCAUUUCUGAUUGA